AUGCGUGCUUCAAUUAUUCAUUUCAUUUCUGCUCUCGUGUUUUUCGUUGGGCUCUCAAUUGCGGGCCUUUCAAGCGAAGAGCUAUUGGAAUUGACCCGAAAGAGUGGGAAAUCAAGAACAAUUGAGAUUGACGAGCUGAAUUAUCAAAGUAUAUUAGGUGGUAAGAGAGAUUAUCAUUUGAUUCUUUUACUUUCCUCGACAAGUCCCCAAAUUAACUGUGCAUUGUGUAAUGAGCUCAAGCCAGAGUUUGAACUAGUUGCUUCUUCUUGGUUUGCUGAUCAUCCAAAUGGAUUAUCGGAAAAAGAAUUGGAAAGUGAAGAUGAAUCUACAGACACAAGGAAAAACAUCUACUUUGCAUAUUCGGAAUACUUCAACUCAAAGAGUCUAUUUGCAACGUACAAAUUGAAUAGCAUUCCAAAAAUUUUUUAUUUUUCACCUACCUCAAAUCCAGAUCCGCAGAACUUUGUUAAAGAAUAUGAUGAUUACCAAUUCUACGUCGGUGGUCACGCGGACUUACUUGCUAACUACAUCACUAAAGUCACAGGUUUCAAGGUCAAUCUUUAUGUUCCUAUCAAUUAUAAUAGAAUUGCUACCAAUGUAGUAGUAACAUUUGUUGUCGCUUUAUUAGUAUUCAAAUUCAAAAGUCAGGUUUUACAGCUCAUCACAUCGAAGACCUUAUGGAGCUCAGCAUCUCUCGUGGGCAUCUUAUUCCUCAUAUCUGGUUACAUGUUCAAUCAAAUUCGUGGUGUUCCUUAUGUUAGAGAACAUCAAAAUGGAGCGGUUGAAUAUUUUCUAGCCGGUCAGCAGAAUCAGUUAGGCAUCGAGACUCAGAUUAUAGCCUUUAUCUACGGAAUCCUUGGAGUUUUGGUCGUCGUAUUACUGAAAAAAGUGCCUGAAAUACAUAACGCUCAGCUCAAUGUCGUCGCAGUUAUAAUUGUCAGUGGAUUGAUAUUUGUAUUCUACAGUAUUUUACUAUCGAUUUUUGGGCUCAAGGGUAUGGGUUAUCCUUACAAAUUCAUCUCCUUCUUUUAA